GAGAGAUCAGAGAUAGUACAUAUCUCCACAAGGAGGUCAAGCUCACUUCUGUUGACAGUCAACAAUGUUAGCCUCAUAAUCUCAUAUUAUAAGUACACAUGUAGACCACAUAACUAUGUAUAGGGUCAAAGCACGUGUGUACCUACGUUCUUUUCAUUAAAACGGCACUAAGACUAUGUAAUGUUGCACACAAUUGGUACUGAAAGAAACGUAAGAUGACUAAAGAUUACAUAUCCGAAGAAAAUGACAAACAACCACUUCUUAACAAGUACAAUAUCAAUAUCGGCACAGGCAAUGAGGAUCCAAACACCACAAACAAAACAGAAACGGUAUAUGGCAGGCGGUGGUAUAUUUUAUUGUUGUUUUCGGUCGUGUCGGCUACACAAGCAGCAGUAUGGAACACAUUUGGACCUGUAGCAGAUUCUGCUAAGAUUGUAUUUCAAUGGGAAGAUUCUGUAUUGGCAUUGUUGCCUGCACUUGGUAAUAUAGCUUAUAUUCUCACUGUGGCGUUUGGAGCAUGGAUCAUGGACGUAAAAGGAAUGCGAGUGGCAAUGGUUGGUGCAACAGGACUGUUAUUUCUUGGGACUCUCUUCAGAUGUUUUACAACUGACCCUAUUGCUGCAACAUGGUUGGUCCUGAUUGGCAGUGUCUUCAAUGGAAUAGCCGGAACUGUGCCAUUCGGGGGACCGCCUUUGCUCUCAGCUCUGUGGUUCCCUGCCAACCAAAGGGCCAGUGCUACAGCUAUAUCCACCGUCAUGAACUACCUCGGCAUGGCCUUCUCCUUCAUUGUAGGUCAGCUUGCUAUCGUUAACAGCAUUUUGAGCGGCAUCUCUGCUUGUACUGGUUCCGCCGCACCACCUCUAAUAUCUUCCCUGUGGUUCCCAACCUCACAACGCGCGACAGCAACAGCUAUUGCAACCAUAUUUGCAUACCUUGGAGUAGCAUUUUCAUUCAUAAUAGGGCCUCAACUUGUAACCCAACCACCAAAAAAUUGCAACUCCACAUUUAUAAACAAUACGUUGGUGAGAAAUAAUUCCUAUUGCCGGAUGAACGGGACUAGCAUUAUAUGGGAAGAGUCAUUUCUAAUAAAAGAACGGAGUGAGAUGAUGCGCCUGAUGUAUGUAGAGUGUGGAUUUUCUUGCUUCUUGUUCCUUCUUGUGAUUAUAUAUUUCCCAUCAAAGCCCCCGAGCCCACCUAGUGCUAGUGCUGGCGUAGAAAGACUGGACUUUAAAGAUGGUCUUCUACAUUUGGUCAGAAUGAAACAAUUCUGGUUGAUAUUGAUGGCAUACGCUCUUCCGGUAGGCGUGUUCGCGGUAUGGGGAAGCGUUCUUGAUAUUAAUCUGAAUCCAAUCGGGGUUGGACAGGAUGAAGCUGCUUGGAUAGGGUUUUAUGGUACUCUUGCUGGGUGUGUUUCUGGGCUAUUAGUUUCUAGGUUAGCGGAUGUGUUUUCUGGUCAUUUGAAAUUGAUACUUAUUGCACUGUGCGUCCAGUCGGUAGCAUCUGUGGUAUGGUAUACACUCAUUUGGCUACAGUACAUUCCUUUUAGCUCAGCUGUUUUAUAUGCAUCUAGUAUUCUGAUGGGUUUUUAUAUAAAUGGAGCUGUUCCGUUAUUUUAUGAGAUCGGUUGUGAAACGUGUUACCCCGUAGCAGAAGGAGUGACUGGAGGGGUGCUCACUCUGGCCAACAACUUAUUUGGUAUCGCCUUCCUGAUUAUGUUACAAAUACCAAAUAUAGGAGUAGCGUGGAUGAACUGGACAUUACUUGGUGCAUGUGGACUCUCAAUACCUCUCUUGGCUUUAACUAAAACUGGAUAUGGAAGACUCAAACUUGACCAAUAUCAAACAUAAAAUAAAUCAAUUGUAUAUUUGUACAUAAUUU